AAGACAUUCACACAACAACAAAGUCUCAAACGUCACUGGAGAUCACACUUGAGAGAUGGCUUCUUAUUGUGCCACACUUGUGGCAAAGAAAUUAUUCAAGGUCAAGGACAUGCUAGUGAGAUACUGAGUGAUGAUCAUUUUGUCUGUGACAAAUGCAACAAACAGUUUCCUGAUAUUGAAAGUUUAUAUCAGCACAAGGCCAAAGACCAUGGUACGUUCUACCAAUGUGAUGUCUGUAAAGAAUUAGAAGCAAGAGAAGCAACUGGUAUUGGUUAUAUCUGUUGUGUCUGCGCUGCUGAGUUUGAAAUUGCCACUGAACUUGAAGAUCAUAUGA